GUGCAUUCUUGGCCCUCCACUUCUCGUGUUCAUCACUCCUUUCAUCUAACAUUGAUGAGGUUGUUAUUUCGUACACUGAUUCCAUUUAUUUUAAAACAAUUGAUCGGUAGAUGUCCUGACUUCUGGAUCGUAUCAGGAGAUGCGUAUAUUCCGGUUUUCAGCACUACAGGUCCUUGGUUAUUGUCAUUGAGGAAGAAUGAACCCAGAUGCAAUCAGAUAUGAUCAUCGCCCGAAGCUCGUAUUCUGUCUCGAGGCAGAUCCAUUGCAGAUCUGAUAACCAACACGACGUUACAAUGGAUGAAGCAGGGAUAUAAAAAUAGAUACGAUAAAUACGCUUCACAUGAACAAAGUGGGAUAUAUAGAUCCGUAAUCUCAUCAUUCUCUCAACUUAUGCAAUAUCACAACUCUACCCAGACAUCCCAACCAGACCAUAAAGAAAACGAACCACCAAAAUGAAGCUCAUCCUUGCCACCCUCCUCACAACCCUAACGGCAACGAACGCCCUACACCCCACCACCGCAAACAGCACCACCGGCCAGAAGAUCCUCAGCAAAGCCCUGACAGCAGCAGGAACGCCCUACGCCUGGGGCGGCGGAUCUUGUGAGGGUCCCUCGCACGAUCAACCGCCCUACCAGUACGGCGAUAUCGGGUAUGACUGCUCGGGACUCGUGUGUUGGGCUGUGUGCCAGGUCACGGGUCGGGAUUUGUUCUCGGAGGGUCUGCGUGUCACGUCUGAUAUGUAUUGUGCUAAGGAGAAGGAGUUGAAGUAUAAGAAAUAUCCGUAUGAGCAGCGCAGAGCGGGCGAUGCUGUUUUCUUCGGUGGGGAGUGUGACUGUGCAGACAGGGAGAGUAUCCACCAUGUUGGGUUGAUGAUGGACUCGGGCGAUCGUAUGUGGAAUGCUCCUAAUGACCGCGUGAAUAAGGUCCAGGAGAACAGCAUCGCCAAAUUUGGGGAGAAGCCUUGUCCUUAUGUUGUGCGGUUUGCUUGAUGGGGUUAGUGUAGGCCUCGGAAGUAUAAUGUCUGCGGAUGAGCUGAAUGAGU